AUGGGAUACAGUUCUAAUGUGUAUUCUGUUGAUGUUGAUUUACAAAGUCUUGUGGAUAAUAUUAAACCCGAUGAGGAUUUGAUUGAAGGUAUGGAACCAACUCCACCAGAAUUGAAUAUCAAUUUAUUGAAACAUCAAAGAAUGGGAUUGACAUGGAUGAAGCGAAUGGAGGAAUCCAAGUCGAAAGGUGGGAUCCUCGCCGAUGAUAUGGGGUUAGGUAAAACUGUGCAAACUCUUGCGUUAAUGGUAUCCCGUAAACCUGAACAUGAGAGUUGUAAAACUACUUUAAUUAUUGCCCCAGUUUCAUUAUUACAACAAUGGGCGGCAGAAAUUGAAUCAAAGACAGUGGCUAGUUAUCAACCCAGGAUUGGAAUCUUUCAUGGCAUGGACAAAAAGAAUAUGCUGACUUUUUCUGAUUGCCAGAAAUAUGAUGUGAUUCUUACGUCAUAUGGUACUUUGUCAUCUGAAUGGAAACGACAUUUCAAGGAAGCGUUGGCCAAUAGUGAUACCAAGGCGUAUCUUCCUUCGUCAAAGGAAGGGGGCAAGAGUUAUGAAUCACCGUUUUUCGCAAAUGAUGCCAAAUUUAAUAGAAUUAUCCUCGAUGAAGCCCAAGCAAUCAAAAAUAAAAUGGCAAUUGCAUCCAAAGCCGUGACUUACCUUCAGGCUAAUUACAGGUUCUGUUUAAGUGGUACCCCCAUGCAAAAUAAUUUAGAAGAAUUGUAUCCUAUCAUCCGAUUUCUUCGAAUUCGCCCAUACCUAAAUGAAGGUAAAUUCCGAGCAGAUAUUGUGAUUCCGUUGAAAUCAAACAAAUAUGACAAGUAUGAUCGGAAAAGCAGUAUGAAGAAAUUGCAAGCUAUUCUUAGUUCGAUUUUGCUUCGAAGAACCAAGAAUUCUAUUAUUGAUGGUAAGCCAAUUUUACAAUUGCCGGAGAAAAUUAUUGAGAGUGAUUAUGUGAAAUUGGAAUCGGAAGAGAUGGCAUACUAUCGUGAUUUAGAACUGGGCAUACAAUCACGAGCUAAACGAUUGUUAUCGGAAAAGAGUUUCUCCUCGGGUAUUCUUACACUUUUACUUAGGUUGAGACAAGCAUGUUGCCAUAGCUAUCUUGUUAAGAUUGGUGAGCUUAAAGCCAAACAAAAGGAACUUGAACAGAAUGAGAAUAUCAAGAUUGAUUGGAGGAGGAUGUAUCGUAUGGUUCUUGAAUUGAAGGAUUUAGUUAAAACCAGAGUUAUUGAUCUUACUAUGCCUAGCGAAGCAGUGAUCCCCUUGGAUAUUGAUCUUGGGUUAGAAGACGAUGAUGAGAAAGAUGAUAAAGAAAUGUUGACGUGUCCGAUAUGUUUUGAUAUUCUUAAUUUAGACUCAUCGAUGGUGUUAUUUUCCGAGUGUGGUCAUUUGAUAUGUCAGAAUUGUAUUGAAGCAUUUUAUGAAGGUCACACUGUUGAUGAAGAUAGUUCUGGCAAUAGAAUUGCUAAAUGUACUGAAUGUAAUGCUCUGGUUAAGGAAUCUAAUUUGAUUGAUUAUGUUAUUUUCAAGGCGGUGUAUAUCGAAAAAAUGGAUACUAUGGAAAUUCAACGUUUUUGUCGGGAUUAUUAUAAUCCCAACCCAAGAGGGAAUUCCAUGAUUGUUAAUGAUUUGAUUAAGGAAGACAAUGGAUUCACGCCAAGUGCUAAAAUGGAAAAGUGUGUGGAAUUGCUACAAACAAUAUUCAGCAAGCAUCCUAAUGAAAAGGUUAUUGUUUUUUCACAGUUUGUGACGUUGUUUGAUUUAUUCAAGUUGGUGUUGAACCAGCAGGGAAUUGAAUUUUUAAGAUAUGAUGGGUCAAUGAAUAUGGAACAUAAGAACACUGUGAUUAAACAAUUUUAUCAAAGUGAUAUUAAAGUUUUACUUCUUUCGUUAAGAUCGGGUAAUGUUGGGUUAACACUUACAUGUGCCUCGCAUGUGAUCAUCAUGGAUCCAUUUUGGAACCCCUAUGUUGAAGAUCAGGCUAUGGAUCGGGCCCAUCGUAUUGGACAGGAACGAGAAGUACAUGUGCAUCGGAUUUUGAUUGAAGGUACCGUGGAAAGUCGUAUUAUGACAUUGCAAGAACGAAAGAAGGAGUUAAUUGAAAGUGCCCUUAAUGAAAAGGAUAUGAAGAAUGUGUCGAGAUUGGGACAAAGAGAACUUGGAUUCUUGUUUGGUUUGAAUGGAUUAAGAGAAUAG